CGCCCACCGCCGCCCGCUGACGGGUGGCUUGGGGAGGUCGCGGCGCCUCGCCCAGUUCCCCCGCGAGUGCAGCUCGACCCUGGGCAGGGCUGGCGGCUGGCGCCCGCGCCCGGCCCCAACCCAGCUGCGUGGGUGGGGAGCUGGAGGGACCUCAGUCCCGCAUUUCAGAGUCGAGGAGACUGGGCCCAGGGGGGAAAAAGUGCCGUGCCAUGGGAGGGUCACCCAGGUCUUGGUGGGGCCCAAGCUGAUACUCAGCUGUCCUCGCUCCCUGAAAGCUUCGCUUAUUACAGCUAGCAGCCUAAGGGAUCCACUUAGCCAUCUCGGCCUCCCCAGUCCUAAAGGUCUAGGGGACAGAAAAAAGCUGGGAGUCGGAAGGUUCCUCGGGUCCCCGGCAUGGCAGAGGGGGCUGGCUCAGAGGUCUGCCCUGUGGACUUGGAAUCGCACCCAUCCUAUUAGUGUGAUCUCAGCUCAAGGCAAAGGUGGGAUAUCAUGGCAUCUAUCUGGGUUGGACACCGAGGAACAGUAAGAGAUUAUCCAGACUUUAGCCCAUCAGUGGAUGCUGAAGCUAUUCAGAAAGCAAUCAGAGGAAUUGGAACCGAUGAGAAAAUGCUCAUCAGCAUUCUCACUGAGAGGUCAAAUGCACAGCGGCAGCUGAUUGUUAAGGAAUAUCAAGCAGCAUAUGGAAAGGAGCUGAAAGAUGACUUGAAGGGUGAUCUCUCUGGCCACUUUGAGCAUCUCAUGGUGGCCCUAGUGACUCCACCAGCAGUCUUUGAUGCAAAGCAGCUAAAGAAAUCCAUGAAGGGCGCUGGAACAAACGAAGAUGCCUUGAUUGAAAUCUUAACUACCAGGACAAGCAGGCAAAUGAAGGAGAUCUCUCAAGCCUAUUAUACAGUAUACAAGAAGAGUCUUGGAGAUGACAUUAGUUCGGAAACAUCUGGUGACUUCCGGAAAGCUCUGUUGACUUUGGCAGAUGGCAGAAGAGAUGAAAGUCUGAAAGUGGAUGAGCAUCUGGCCAAAAAAGAUGCCCAGAUUCUCUAUAAAGCUGGUGAGAACAGAUGGGGCACGGAUGAAGACAAAUUCACUGAGAUCCUGUGUUUAAGGAGCUUUCCUCAACUAAAACUAACAUUUGAUGAAUACAGAAAUAUCAGCCAAAAGGACAUUGUGGACAGCAUAAAAGGAGAAUUAUCUGGGCAUUUUGAAGACUUACUGUUGGCCAUAGUUAAUUGUGUGAGGAACACGCCGGCCUUUUUAGCCGAAAGACUGCACCGAGCCUUGAAGGGUAUUGGAACUGAUGAGUUUACUCUGAACCGAAUAAUGGUGUCCAGAUCAGAAAUUGACCUUUUGGACAUUCGAACAGAGUUCAAGAAGCAUUAUGGCUAUUCCCUAUAUUCAGCAAUUAAAUCGGAUACUUCUGGAGACUAUGAAAUCACACUCUUAAAAAUCUGUGGUGGAGAUGACUGAACCAAGAAGAUAAUCUCCAAAGGUCCACGAUGGGCUUUCCCAACAGCUCCACCUUACUUCUUCUCAUACUGUUUAAGAGAACAAGCAAAUAUAAACAGCAACUUGUGUUCCUAACAGGAAUUUUCAUUGUUCUAUAACAACAACAAAAGCGAUUAUUAUUUUAGAGCAUCUCAUUUAUAAUGUAGCAGCUCAUAAAUGAAAUUGAAAAUGGUAUUAAAGAUCUGCAACUACUAUCCAACUUAUAUUUCUGCUUUCAAAGUUAAGAAUCUUUAUAGUUCUAAUCCAUUAAAUAUAAAGCAAGAUAAUAAAAAUUGUUGCUUUUGUUAAAAGUAA